AGCGAAGCGAUUUAUUUUACUCGCGAAUGACGCUUAAGGGGCUGAGGGUCAAAAACAUAAACAAAGGCUUCGAAAUUUGAAGUGUCAUUAAUCCGAUUGCCUCUUUUCAGGGACCAUCACCAGUCAUUUUGGCAUCAUGUCAGCGAAUUCUACAGCAACCUCUGAUCAGGUGAAGCAGUUGAAACGUCGUCUGGAGUUGUGGCGAGAAGCUGUCUUGCCUGUGUACGCUGUCCUCACUUGGGAAAAGCCAUGGCAUCCAGGCCUUCUUGCUGGUAUUUCCACAAGUUUCUUCUUGCUGUUUUGGUACCUAGACCCAAGUGUUCUGACAACUUUGGCAUUCAUGGGAUUGGUGGUGAAUGUUUUUGACUAUGCCAUUCAUCUGUUUGGCUCAUAUGCAAGACACCCUGAUCAAGGUGACAAGUGGACUGGGAAGGAUGAAAAGAAAUUGGAGGAAGUCUGUCAAAGUGUUGUGUCCACUCAGGUUUUUGUUUUAUCAUCAGUAUCCAAAUUCUUUCAAAUGCGGAACACCAGAACGAAAACUUACUAUGCUGUGACCAUCUUAUCCUUGACUAUUUUGGCGUUCGUUGGAAACAUGAUUAACAACCUCUUCUUGACCUAUUUGGUUUUUACCUUUGCUCUACUCCUUCCUGGUAUGAAACAUCAAGGUCUCCUCCAGCAGUGGAAAUCAACAAUUAUGGGAGCCAUGGGGAACACAAAGGGUGUUGUGAAAAAGUCAGACUAAGACAUUUUUUAACAAAAGUUUUGAGUAAAUCUAUGACAGAUGUUGUUCAAGCUAAACAUUUCUCCAAGUAGUAUCAAUAACAAAAUGAAAAAAACAUUGCCCUUAUAUUUGAUUAAUGUGUGUUGUAUUCUUUUUG